AUGAGUACUGCCAUAGCUUUGAAACAGCAGUUGGAAGAUCCUACCUCGGGCCACGUAAAUACUCUCACUAAAGAACAAGCCUCUUUAUUACGUGAAUGUUGGGCUGUUACGUUUUUAUUGCAAGGGGUUACUGCCGAAGAUAGUUCUGAAAUAAAACAAAAUAAUGAUAAUGUUUCGUCGAAUUUUACAGUUAAUGGUCGUCAUGGCAAAAAGAGUAAGGAACAAAAUGUUAUUGAGACUUUUUCUAAAUAUAGUAGGAUGGCGCGUAAAAUGAGAGAAGAUAAUGCUUCAAGUACAACUAUUAAUGGUUCUGGCCGUUCAAAUGAUAAAUAUAACGAAUCAUCAGAGUUUCGAUCUGCUCUUAUGUUAUACACACCUGAAGAGUUACAUCGUGCAGCAUGGACAAUAAUUGCAGCGGAUGAUCCUGAUGUAAUACUUCUUCGCUUCCUUCGGGCAAGGAAAUGGGACGUUGAAAAAGCUAUGAUAAUGUAUAUUUCUACAUUAAAGUGGAUGCUACAGACUAAGGUUCGAGAUAUUAUUGAAGGUGGUGAAGAAGGAUUGGAAAAAUAUUUUGCAGAUAAAGAUCUUGAAGGAUUGAAACAUCAAUUCACAAGUGGUAAAAGUUUUACCAGAGGAACUGAUAAAGACGGAAGACCAAUAUGCUAUGUGAAUGUUCGAUAUCAUAAGAAAGACGAACAAAGUUUUGAAGUUCUUCAGAAGUAUACUAUUUAUACUAUGGAGGUAACUCGUUUGAUGAUGGAAGCUCCAGUGGAAACUGGAUGCCUCGUAUUUAAUAUGACGGGGUUCACUCUAUCUAAUAUGGAUUUUCAAUACGUUAAGUUUAUAAUUCAAUGUUUUGAAGCAUAUUAUCCGGAAAGCUUAGGGGUUUUGAUAAUUCACAAAGCUCCUUGGGUGUUCGGAGGGCUAUGGAAGAUGAUAUCACCUCUUUUAGAUCCUGUUGUGGCAUCAAAAGUUCGCUUUACACAGAAUGAAAAAGAUAUAUUACAAUUAAUCCCAUCUAAACAUCUAAUUGCUGAUUUGGGUGGUGAGAAUAAUUGGAAAUAUAGAUAUAUACCUCCAAGAGAAAAUGAGAAUCAUAGGACGAAGGAUGAAGUCACCAAAAAACAAAAAUUAGAGAAGAGACACUCUUUGGAGCGUGAUUUUGAAAUACUCACUAAACAAUGGAUAAGCGAACCAGAUAAUGAACAAAUAGAGAAUGAAAGAAAUCAAGUGAAAAUUCAACUGCGAAAAGCUCAACUGGAGCUAGAUCCAUAUAUUAGAGCUAGAACUUAUUAUGAUCGUAUUGGGGUGCUUCGUGAAGAUGGAACAUGUGAUUGGGGAUAUUAA